CCAGAGACCUCAGUCGUCCAAAAACCCUUCAAAAAAACACUACUCAGAUCCCCCACGCGCAAGAACAAUUCUUUCGGCAUUCAAAGCCAGAAACCAUGUUGCAAUUCUUUCAAACAUACAACAAUCUAAUCCUCCAAGCUUCACUUUCUAUCGCGCUUACUCUUUUUCUCGUAUUCCUCAAGAUUCCCAUCUUAUUUCUUCAGGGCCUUCACACUUAUAUCCAUCCGGAAAAUCUUGGCCAACAAAAUGGUGUCAAAGCUGCUAUUAGAAGACCCUCUACCUCUGAUUCAGGUCCUGGGCUCGAGGGCUAUCAAAGCUUAUCCUCAAAAACUACUAAUGAGCUUAAAAGGAGAAAUAAAUCUAAGGAAAAGUUUGAGUUCGACGAAAACAAUGCUCAGAGCUUUAGGUUGAAGCUCGAUGAAGGCCAUCUUCAAUCUCGGCUUUAUUUCAAUGAUUACCGGUAUUCGUUUAUUUAUUCGUUAGUUGCUCUUUCUUGUUUCUUGCUUUAUAACUACUUGGAUGGGGUCCAAAAUGAUGGAAUUUUGGCAGAUGGAUCUUUAAUUCCUUUGAUUUUAGGAUUUGUUGGUUUAUGCAAAUUAUUUAUAUCGUUAGCAAGAGUAUCGUUUGAGAAAUCUGCGUCCAAGAGGUCCGACAAACAAUUGAGUUUGCUCUUUGUGAUUUUGGGAUUCCUUUUUGGGCUUUUGAUUUGUUCAGGAAUUGCCCAUUCACUCUUGGAUUUUGAUUUGGGUGCAAUCGACGGGUUUGGAAGGGUUUUUGUUGCAAUUUUAAUGGGAUGCCUUGCAGGGUUUCUAUAUAUGCCCGCAGGUAAGAAUGCACGGGCAUUUUGGCUUGGAACAGAUCAAUUUCGUUCUAAUCUGUCAAUAAUUUCCUGCGGAUGGUUUGCUAGAAUGAUACUAUAUGCCAGUUAUUUGUUGGCCAUUUUCACAGCAUUGCUUUGGAUUAAUCCAUUAUCUGAUGCUCUUAUUAACAAGAGUGGUCAUUAUAGUAAAGGAACACUUUCAAAUUCAAGCAGUACAAUUGGAGAUGCUGACAAGUUAGUAGGAAAUAUGGGUUUUACUACACGAUCUGAAUUUAGGAAGUUUAGGCUUUGGUGCUUGUUAUUCUCAGGAAUUGUGCAAAUUGUGGCUUUACGACCCAACUUACAGAUGUAUAUGAAUGAAGCAUUGUUGUCUUGGUACCAACGGUUGCAUGCCAGUAAAGUUCCAGAUUUAGAUUUCAGUAGAGCCAAGGUUUUUCUGCACAAUCACUACUUUUGUCUUGUAGCUUUGCAGUUUUUUGCACCACCAACCCUGGUCCUUGUCUUCCUUGGCUUACAUCAUAUUGAUGGUAACUCACUUAAGAAUUUUCAGUUGUUAUGCAGUUUACUUCCUUGUACUGCUUUUAUGGAAGAAGUAACUUUGCUUAUGGCUUGGUGGGUUAUCUUUCUUUGGACAGUUUAUACUUCAACGAGCCUAUUCUUGUAUCGCCGUGGCAUUUUGUAUGUUUCUUGAUUGACUUUGAUCUUUUCUGGUGAUCCUUAAUGGCUUGGACUUAAAUUUUUGUCUAGUUAUUGUAAGUGGAGCAUCUUUUUGUAACGGAUUCUUACUCUAGUUAGUUGAUAGUUUCUUUACCAUGCAAUACAUGGAGAUACGGGGAUGAUAUUUUUGAUGUCUUGUUGUUUACUUAUUCUAUAUAUGUAGAUCGUUGCAAAUACUAAGAUCAAGGCAGAGUUUGAAAACUCAAGAAACAAGAAUGUUUGUGUUGAAUCCACAUUAUUAUUAUUAUUA